AUGACGCUCAAUGUCGACAGCCCGUCCCCCGCCAAGCAACAUGCCGCGGCGUCGUCCACUGCAUCUGGGCCCGCGGUCCAGCUCUCGCAGAUGCUGGCCGAGGAGGGGGCGCCCGCUGUGCCUGCGAUGCCCUCGGCUGCGGAGGAGGACGAGGUGCGGCGCGCGGGUUUCGCGGGCAGCGAUGGCACCCUCAGCUCGGGCGCUGAUGCCGCGCGCGCUGCCGAGGCCAGGGGUCGAAGCCGCACGCGAGGGCAGCGCUUCCCCCAGAAGCGUCGCAACAAGCGGUCGGUGCAGGCCGCCUCGCGCCGCCGCGACAUUUUGGCCAAGGCGCGGAAGGCGCGCAAGGCGGCCCAGGCCAAACGCAAGCGCUUGGAAGCCACGGGCGUGUUCUACACGCCCAAGCGCCAGCGGGUGUCCCGCGUGCGGCGCGGCAGGUCUUCCUUAGCCAAGAUCUACACGUACGAGGACCUCAGGGCUCUGAAGACCAAGGAUGCUUACGACUUGAUGGUCCAGGCGGGGUACCUCGGCGACCCCUCCGAGAACGUUUGCCCCAGGUGCGGAUGGCCAUUGGGUUCGGUGAUUCACAGGGGCGAGAAGCGGCAUCCAGUCCAGAGGUGUCAGCGCAAGGCCUGCUCGUCGUCCUCGGUGCAGGUGAAGGUCACGAGCGGCACGUGGGCGGAUGUGGAAGUGCCUCUCCCGAAGCUGGCGGGCGUCGCCUUCCUGUCGUGCGGCGCCCUGACGUCCCGCAUGAGUACAGCCGACAUGGCGCUGAUUGCCAAGAUGGGCCACAAGCAGUGCGAGGCGGUCAGGCAGAGUUUGCUGGAGAUCGUCUCGGCUGCUUCGAGGGAAGAGCAGAAGUCGAUCGUGCUGAGCGGCCAGUGCGAGACCGACGCCACGACCCUGCGGGUCGUCCAGCUCAAGAACGGGCGCAACAUGCACAUCCGCGUGUUCGGCAUGUGCAAGCGCGGAGACCACGAACACGCCGUCGUGCACAUGCUGCCGCCCUUCUAUGCGGUCCGUGGCGGCCCGACGCGCCCCGAGAGCACGGAUGAGACCGCGCCGCUGAUCUCAGCUCACACGGGGGCCGACGUGCUGAUCUGGCACACAGACGGAGCGCGGUGCUACCGCCGCCUCGAGAACCACACGAAGGUCAAGCACGCCAAGCGCAUCUGGGCGACUGUCAAGACGCUGACCCUGAGCGGGGGCGACGUCCUGUGCUGCUACGGCGGGACGCAGCUCCAGGACGGGCUGUGGUCGCACGUGAAGAACGUCGUCCCAACCACGAUGAACACGUACAGCAAGGAGUCGCAGGCGCAGCUCGAGAACUGGGUGCACUUCUGGGCGUGGCGCUACAGGCGCGCCAGCUGUCCAGAUAUGUUUCUCGAGCUCGGCUCGGCCGUCGCCAUGGCCAGGUUGAAGGGCCACGUCUGGUGA